CCAGGUCACAGAGGAACAUCAGCGGGUUGAUGAAGAACCCGGCCCCUCCUUCACCACUGAGGGGCAGGUGGGCCUACCUACCGAGGGCCAGAACAGGUCCAAAGUGCAUAUGACCAGCUCGGGGUCUGGGAAGCCAUGGCCCUUUAGUGCCCGGAGAUGGAGUCCUCCCCAGAAGCCCAUCAGGUUCCGCAGACCUCCAUCCUUGAAGCUGCUCAAUCAGCAAAGGCGGAUCGCACUUCACAACUCCUUCCUGGAGUCGCCCAGGUUCCGCAAGAGGUUCCCAAUGUGUGAUGCCUUCCUGGAGCACCAGGCCCAUGUGAAUCACACCGGGCCAGAGGACCUGCAGCCCCAGGGGGCAGAGCCCAAGGCACCGGCCCAGGAGGCAGAGGAGGCUCCUGCAGAAACACCUGAAGUCCAGACAGAGGCGUCUGACAAGGAGUCUGAUGAAGAGCUGGAGGCGUGGGCACCUCCAGAGCUCCUGCCACCUCCAUCAGCCUCUCCGGUGGCAGCUGUGGAGCCGGGGCCGGCCUUGGAGGCACCUGCAGACAUGACUGAGGCCCCACCACCCCUGGAUGAGGAGCCCUCCCUGGAACCUGCCCUGGGUCUCCCCGUGUCCCCAGGCCAAGGCCUCAAGAGAGGCAGCGAUGAGAGUAGGUUCCGCAUUGGCCGCCGCUGGUUCAGGACUCAGCACAGACCCCUGUCGCCCUUGACACGGCUGGAGCCAGAGGUAACACAGGGAGGCCCAGGGUGGUUGUGUGCGGGCCAGGCCACCACUCUGACCCACCUGAGCAGCCCGAUGUCCCCUCCGUGUGUCAAGGCUGGCUGGGUGGACGUGGAGUGUGGGUGGCCCCCGCUGCCCGAGGUCUAUCCCGAGCCCUGGAGGUGA